UAAUAGGACGUUAAUGUACAAAUCAAAAGGAGAAGCAGAAAAUCCAACCAACUUCUAAAACUGAACUGGAGUCGAGAAAGAAUAUCUCUGGAGAUUACUUUGAAAAACUCUGCGAUGUGUGCUCUGGAACAGGAAAUGAGUGCAGACAGAGGAGGCAGGCAAGCUGAAACCGGCACAAAGCUGAAACACACACGCUCAUACUCGCAUAUACACUCUCACACUGGCCCAGCACUGCAUCUGCCAGCACUGGAACUUCGAGCCCCAGGUGGACAGACAAAACACUGAAGCAAAAAGAGAGGGAGAAAAAGCAAAAAAAAAAAAAAAACAAAGAGAAGAAAAGAAAGAAAGAAAGAGUCAAAGAGAAAAGAAAAGAAAAAGGACAGAUAUCUGAGUGGUGUUGACUGGAAUUUUUAAAGCCUGAGGAAGAAAGAAAGGCGUCUGGGUAGGAUGGUGCUGCAGUCUCCUUCCACCAGGAAGGCUUUGCUUGAGCCGUGACCCCAGCGUGACCUCUGCAGGUGUUGAGGUGGGGCGAUGGGUGAGGUGGGCAAGAUGGCGUCUUCAUGCAGCAUGGGCCUGGUGCUGGUGGAGUUUGAGUAUGAGUACACGGGUCGAGAUGGCUGCAAAGUGUCCAUCAAACCCAACGAGCGGUACACCCUUCUGUCCAAGACCAAUGACCACUGGUGGCACGUGCGCAAAGAUGAGCGCGCCAAGCCCUUCUACAUUCCAGCAAAGUAUGUAAAAGAGUUGCCACCCACUCUCCCCUCACCCCUGGACUUUGUGGAGCCUCAAGGGCCAGAAGCAAAGCCACCUGUGCCCGACCUGGCAGAAAAGCCCAAGCCUAAGCCCAAUGAGGUCACCAUCAGGUUGCGCUCUCCAGGGAACUGCCGCAAGACUGACAACCGCAUGUCUACAUUUGGCGUUCCCCUGGACGUCCACGACCCUCCGUCAUACCUGCAUGGUGGCUUAACAGACUCCCUCUUAUCCCUUCACCCUGUCCCUUCAGUCCCAGCUCCAGAUGCCGCCCAGCAGAAGAAGAGACUCAGCCUUGCACCCAAUUUGCUGUUUGGUUCUCGGGGUGGCCCCAUAGAAGAUGCUUCUCAGAAGUCCCGUGUGCCCAGCUUCAGCCCCGCUGACCCGCUUCCUCGGCAGGCUAAGCCUGUUGAACCACCGACAGUCAAGAACCUGACUGAGCCCAGGCAACAGGGACUCCCGCCAGAGCCACUCAUAGAGCCAAACGAGGAGUCCAGUCCAGAACCAACGGGCUCCUCAGACACUGAGAAUAUUUAUGAGUCCAUAUUGGACCUUAAACUGGAUGACUUGAUAAAAACUGAACCUGUUCUUACUGCAGUGCAAGUGCCUGCAGCAAGUGAACCUGCAUCUGCACCACAGGCCAAGCCAGAGAAUGAGAACCCCACCACAGCGGUCUAUGCUAAUGUCACUGACCUGAAGAAGACCACUCGCUCAGCUCCCUCUUCCACCUGCUCUUCCCCUGGCCUCUCCCUCAGUCCAGCUCCAGACUCAGCGACGUCCCCUGACUCAGCCGGCUGGGAGGUGCACACUGAUCAGGACAGUGGCAAGGCCUUUUACUAUCAUCCUGCGACACAGCAGAGUAGCUGGGCAGACCCACGGAGCCCCCCUCCUGCCGCAGGCAUGGAGGCCUCAGCCCUGCCUACCCCCACCUCCACCCCUCCGGCUCUCCCAAAGAGCUCUGACUGGGAGCAGCUGCUGGAUGAGGCUACUGGCAGGCACUACUACUACAAUCACACACUCAAGCAGACCACAUGGGUAGCGCCAGAGCCUCAGGCAGAUGGCCCGCCUCCUUUACCUGAGGAGGACUACCCUACAGAAGUUCAUGGGCCUCAGAAUGCCCCACAUCCCUUCAAGGAUGCGCACCUGCCACAGGGUAAACUGCCAGGUCUUCCCCGGGUCACCCUGGAUCCAGUUAUGUCUAUACCCACUGGCUGGACCUGCUCCACAGAGCCUGGUGGAAAAACUGUAUUUACCAACGAGCACACACUCCAGCAGUGGAUCAAAUCAAAGGAUGACAAAGGCAAGACAUAUUACUACUUAAAAGAUGGCACCAAGUCUCAGUGGACCCUUCCAGAGGCUUCAGCUCCAUCUGGACAUCCACCACUGGGGAAUGGUGUGGAGCCAGAUGCUCAGCCUGUCCUGAAAAACUGGAGACACACCAUAGGCCAGUUCAACACCUCACAUGAGGAUACGCAGAAGUUUUUCCCAAGCCACCGGAGUAUUGCUUCAGAUUUAGCUAGUGAUCCGUCAAGCACAGGAAAUUCACCGGAGAUUCAUCAUCAGGAGGACAAGUUGAGACAGAGGAGGAACCUAUCCAGCACAGACGCACAUCAUCACCAUCAUGCUUUACUGUUGGAGAAGGCUGGCAUUCUCAACAAGACCAAAGUGGCAGAUAAUGGGAAAAAACUGAGGAAGAAUUGGGCACAGUCAUGGACCGUGCUUCAUGGAGGCAUUCUCACUUUCUACAAAGACCCCAAAUCCACACCUGGUGGAAAUGUGACGAAGACCAAUCAGAUUGUCCCAGAGUACACUGUGGAGCUGAAGGGUGCCACGGUCUACUGGGCAUCUAAAGAGAAAUCCAGCAAGAAGAACGUUCUCGAGCUAAAAACCCGCCAUGGCUCAGAGUAUUUGAUGCAAUAUGACACUGACAGCAUCAUCCAUGACUGGCAGAAGAUCAUCCAGGAUACCAUCAAGCAUCUGGAUCAUGACCAUUACUCAGAGGAAGAGGAAGAAGAAGUAAUGGAAAAAUCCCCACAACCUAAUGACAGAGAGAAGAAGAGCACUGCUGUGAGGCAGAGUUCCACAGCUGCUGCAGACACAGACCAGGGCCGCGUUCGCACAAAGCUGCGCAAGUUCCUCCAGAGAAGACCCACGCUGCAGUCUGUCAAAGACAAGGGCUACAUCAAAUACAACGUCUUUGGCUGUCACUUGGACACGCUGUGUCAUCGGGAGAACACCAACGUGCCCAGAUUUGUUGAAAAAUGCAUAAAGGCAGUGGAGAGAAGAGGUAUAAACGUUGAUGGAAUCUACAGAGUAAGCGGGAACCUGGCAGUCAUCCAGAAGCUUCGGCACAAAGCUGAUCACGAGGAGGAUCUGGAUCUGGAUGAUGGUCAGUGGGAAGAAAUACAUGUCAUCGCUGGAGCACUGAAGCUUUUCUUCAGGGAGCUUCCCGAGCCUCUGUUCCCUUAUAGCUUCUUUGACAAGUUCCUUGCUGCCAUUAAAAUCACUGACUACAGCCAGAAGGUUUCAUACAUGCAGGACCUUGUGAGAGCAUUGCCUUUGCCCAACCACAACACCAUGGAAGUGCUUUUUAAGCACCUACGAAAGGUGAUUGAACAUGGGGACUCCAACCGUAUGUCUGUCCAGAGCAUGGCUAUAGUGUUUGGCCCCACCCUACUCAGACCUGAAGAAGAGUCGGGCAACAUCACAGUCCACAUGGUCUUCCAGAACCAGAUAGUGGAGCUCAUCCUCAACGAGUUUAAUGAAAUCUUCCGUCCCAGAUGAGCCACUCAGCCUGAGUGUCAUGCCAUCAAUCCCUGAGGCUAAACCCUGACCCCAGGAAUCUGAAACUGUUGACCACUUUUGUGUUCGGGCACUACUAAAUGGCCAUAUUUACAGCUUAAUUUAAUGGUACAUGAGGAGUGCAAUUGAGUAUGGAGAAAUACAGAACUUCAGUCAGUCACAGAGAUCUAGUUGAGGAUGGUAACUCAAGUUCUGGCCUUGACCAGAUUUUCAUAAAUGACUUGUUUUUGUAUGCUGUAAGCUUCCUGACUAGUCACAAAGUGCAACAAACAUAAAUAAUUUUGGUCAACAAUAACAGAGGCCAAUUUAAAAUCAAGGAUUCAUUAAUGCUGUAUUAAUAAUGAUAUUUUGCCCAUAUCGCACAGACCUGAUGAGGGUUAGAGCUAACUUGUACAUUAUUGUGUAACAUCUCCAACACUUGGUAUUAUUCCAAAGUCAAACAGCUGUUUUUGUCUGUACAGCUACACAUCACUGGCCUAAUAUGAGCCAACCAAUCACAGAUUCACAUUUGUCCAUACCAUGCUUAAGUCACCAAAUUUCAGAAACCUUUCUUCGUGUCCAAGCAGUUUGUGUUUACCAAGGCAGACACUCAGGCUAGAGACAGUUAGCUCCACAGGAUUGUGCUAAAUUGUCCUAGAGGCUAUGGGAGGGACCCGGGAUGUACACCAUUGCUUCUUGGUUGGCCUGGAUUGGCUGUUCUAUGCAUUAUCAAGACUAUAAAGGACAUCCUUCUGAAAACUUCAAUUUGAAUUCUGUUCUUGUCGAUCAGCUUUGUGUUGGGGUGAGAGUAUUCUCAUCCACUAUUAUGGGAGCCUUGAGCAAGUCUCAAGAGUCCUCAGUGGGAACAAACUACUGGACUGUUCUCUUAAAAACAAAAUGGUAUUUUUGUAUAGCAUAUUGGACACAAUGCACUUGCCAAAACAUAUUGUGACAGUUAACAUGUGACACUGUUGUUAUCUGAUCUAUCCAAGUAAGUGACUGCUGGUUGGUGACUCAGGGGAGCCUGAACCUGCAUUCAGUUAUGAAAUGCUGUGAAUAGAUAUAAUAAAAGUGAGCUCCAAAGUACCAUGCAGUCAUGUGCAAAGUUUGGGUACCCCUGGUCAAUUUGUAUUGUUGAAAAUAAGUUAACACAUCCUCUACAGAGAAAACGCCUCUGGACAUUUUAGUGUACAAUUACAGUAUUUUCUGAAUUUAAAAUCUUAAAAUCCAAAAUCACCUGUGCAAAAGUUAUGGAAUAUUUUUAUAUACUUAAUUUGCGUGCCACAUUUGAAGUUUUUUCCCUGUACAGGAUGUGUUGCUUGUAAUUCUGAUUUCACUGGGGGUAUUCAUAUUCAAACUUUUGCAUACAGCUGUACAAGCAGAAAACAUGUAGCUCUUUCCAAACAUGCAGUUGCACUGAUUCUCACUGCAUCUGCAGAGAUGUUUGCCAUACUUAUAUUUAUCUUAUGUCAGUAUCCAGGCUGUUUUUUUUGGUUGGUUUGUUUGUUUGGAUCCCAGGUAUUUAAGGACCAAAUAAGUGCCAGUACACUGCCUUGCCUUACCUUACCAAAAAGCUUCAUAACAUGAAAAUUACCAACCUCGUCAGUCCAUAAAUAUCUAGCUUUAAAUCUGUUCAAAGCAUAAAUGUGAAAGACUUGCUUACUAUAAGAAGCAUUUUAAACAUGAUAACUAUAGAUGUAGUCCAAAAAGUGAGCAAUAAUCACAACCCUGUUUAGGGCUUUAUGUAAGAUGCAUUACCAUUCCAGACAUUUUACCUGCAGCUGUAUACAACAUGGAAUACUGGUCAAAUCGAACAUGCUAUGAACAUUUGUAUUACUGUAUAAAAUUGUUGAAUGGUGAAUAAGUACACAUAGAUUUGUACAUAUGUUGAUGUUUAUAUGAAAGGAGGUUAUACAUUUCACGUAUUAAGGCUCUGUAAAUAGACAAUAGUAAAUUCACUUUAUAAAUAAAUAUUCUUCAAGUUAAUAAUUUAAUUUUAUUCAAGUGUUUAAUAUGUUUUUAACACUGGUAGGCAGUUCUGACAAGAAAUCCUUCACCAGAAAUCACUUUUUUAUACUAAGCAAAAGAUGUUAAGUGAAAUAUGUGGAUAAUGUAAAGACAAAAAAGGUUCAGUGUAGAAAAGUUUUAGCUAGAACAAAAUCGUACUAAUUCUCAACGACGAGGCUGGAGUCAUUAGGUCGGACGUGUUCCCUCAUUGAUUGUACUACAAACAUGGACUGUGACAAACACACUGUAACUAAACAUUGAUGCAGUUGAUACAUACACCUUUAUUACCUCUGUUCAAUCUGUUUCACUUUUAAUAAAUUGAGUUUAUUCAAACUAA